UAAAAGAGCAAAUACAAAUCAUGUUGGUUUAAGAUAAUUAAUAUUUUGUAAGAAUGUGUACUACUAUUUAACUUGUCUGUAUCCACCAAAUUAUUCGAACAUAUAUGGAACCUGUUUAAAAAGUUGACUCAACCAUUCAUGUUCUAAAAUUUUCUCUCCAAUGGGUCUUCAUCAUUUUAGAAUUCUUAUGAUAUUACUCUCAUUCAAAAUCACCAUAUCAUAUAAAAUCCAAGCUUCAUUUGUUUUUGGAGAUUCUUUACUUGAUGUUGGAAACAACAAUUACAUUACUUCACUUGCAAAAGCAAAUCAUUACCCUUAUGGAAUUGAUUUUGGUAAACCAACAGGUCGUUUUUGCAAUGGAAGAACCGUUGUGGAUGUUAUAGAACAAAAACUGGGUCUUGGCUUUACUCCACCUUACUUGUCUCCUAAUACCUCUGGAAUGGUGAUUCUAAAAGGUGUUAAUUAUGCUUCUGCUGCAGCUGGAAUUCUCAAUUACACUGGUCAUAUUUUUGUUGGUCGAAUCAACUUCGACGCACAAAUUGAUAACUUUGCGAAUACAAGACAAGAAAUCAUAACAAAAAUUGGUGUUUCAGCAUCUCUCAAGUUACUCAAUAAUGCUCUCUUCACGGUAGCAUUUGGCUCAAAUGAUUUCCUAGAUAAUUAUUUGUCACCUCCACCUUCAAUUCCAAAUUUUCAGUUUUUGUCUCCAGAAUCAUUUGUAGCCAUCAUGAUAUCAACAUUCAGAGUACAAUUAUCGAGGUUGUUCAAUCUUGGAGCAAGAAAAAUUGUUGUAGUAAAUGUUGGGCCUAUUGGAUGUAUACCAUACAUGAGAGAUUCUAACCCAUUUUCUAGAGAUAAAUGUGUCACAUUCCCUAAUCAACUAGCUCAAUUAUUUAACACUCAAUUGAAAAGCCUUGUUGAAGAAUUGAGAACAAUUUUGAAAGGUUCAUUAUUUGUUUAUGGAGAUGCUUACCACAUUAUGGAAGAUAUCAUCAUGAAUUACACUAAAUAUGGUUUCAAGAAUCCAAAUUCUGCAUGUUGUCACCUAGUUGGUCGAUUUGGAGGGUUGAUUGCAUGUGGUGGUUAUUCAAUAGUUUGUGAAGAUAGAUCAAAGUAUAUUUUUUGGGAUACUUUCCAUCCUAGUGAUGCUGCCAAUGUUAUCAUUGCAAAACGUUUAUUAAAUGGUGAUGUUAAUGAUAUUUCACCUACAAAUGUUUGGCAACUAUUGCAAGGUUGAGAUGCUGCUAGAAUUUAAAUUUUUAUGGGCGAGAAUUUCCUUAUAGUAUAGCUUUUUAUUAAGAGGCAUUAAACAUUUUUAAAGGUCGUUGUCAAAUGAUAACUAAAGAAUAAUAAUAUAGGAAAAUUAUUACAAGAAUCA